AUGACUUCGAUAUCGCCUUCCUCUACCCAGCCUCAACAACUGUCUCCGGAUUCCUCGAGCACUUCCAACGACACCCAGAAUCCUCGACGUCCGUCAAUAACUGCAGCGCGGCCUCCUCAACCAGUCUUCGCCUUCCCGCAACGUGAUCCUCCUUCCCCAUCCUCUAACUCCUCUUCCAUUCGUUCACCUGCGCCACUUCCUGCGUUUUCCUUCCCACAAGCCCCUGAUCCAGCUAUUUCUUGUACGUCUCCUCCACCCACGACACCGAAACUACGCCCUGCCGGCCAUCGUCGACGUCCAAGCGAACUGAAUGGUGGCGAGAUCGUAGGGGGAUUGGGGCCUCCAAUGCUGGAGAACAAUGUGCUUCCAGCGACAUUGCCUCUCGCCCCGCCAGGACCCGGCCUUAGUGGCCCGGGUCCUGGGAGACGUGGUCACCACCACCGUCGAUCCGCUGCCAUUUCGAGCAUGGACUUGACGGCUAUUACAAAAGCAUUCCCCCCAAUGCCAGCGGGAGGCAGCGCGCCAGCUACUCCUUCCGACCUCCGACAGCAGCAUGCGUUGAGCGAAGAUAUUGCAAGACCGACCUCCCGUUCGUUCCCCAACUUGUCCACGCAUACACCUCCCAUCUCUCCGGGCUUGAGUCUCUCCAUUCCGGAUUCGAGUUCAAAUCUUCAUACUCAAUGGGUGAAAUCUCGUCCCCUCUCGACUAUUUCGUCUGAGGGUAGCAUAUCUACCGUUCGUCACUACGGCCAUGGGAGCACGGCAUCAUCAGCUGCCCUUACUGUAACCUCGGAAAAACCACAGACUCGUCCUAAAACUGCUGGGCCCUCAUUUGAUCAGAUCCACCUAAAAUCUGACUCAACGAGCGAAAAUCCACCCCAAAAGCGGCCGCUCUCUGCUUCUGCGUCAGUUACUGGCUUGACUGCGUCCCCGUCUGACAUUCCAGCACUCCCUCCUUUCAAGAAAAAUAUAAUUGAAGGCUACAACAAAUUUACCAGUGGUUCCAUAUCCAAAAUCGACCCCUCUCCGCUUCCUAAACUAGAGCCAACUGCGUGUUGUCAGGACCGAGCCCGAACUUUGCCGGAGAGGAAACCAAGCAAGAAACCGAAGAAGAUGCGUUCGUGGGCUGGCAUUCUUACGCGAAAGGCGAAAAAGCGCUCGAAAAAACCCCCGUCUAGAAAAGCGCCGACUCCUCCGCCUAUUCUUAGUCGAACGAACUCGGAAGUUGGCUCAAUGGCGGAGAUCAACUUUGAUGAUGACAAUGUGAUUAUUUUACGGACACCCACUCUACCUGAUGCUCCAAGAAAAUUGGAUACCCCUGAAAUCUCAAAUGACUCUUUUUCCCUGGAAUCGUCUUGGAAGCCACGCAGCUUUUAUGAACAAGGAACCGACUCAGAUAUGUUCAGCCCUGUAAUCGACUUAGAUGCUGCUCUUGGACCUUUUAAUACCCCAGAAAUGGGAUCUGAUCGUAAUGCUGGAAGUGGAUUCUCCGCUGCUACCAAGCGCAUGUAUAGUGGUGGCCGGAGAGGUGAAUUCGUUGGACCGGAAAUGCGAUAUCAUCGUCGUGCAGAAAGCGCUCCGGAAAUGCCUCCCUUUGAUCGUAGUGCACUUGGGCUCGGCAGAUUCGGGGGAACGUCGACUCUUACCAACCCAGAUGUUUUCUAUGAAGAGGAAGAAGAUGCUUUCCUUGCCGAAUCAGAUGUCCCAGCAUCCCGGGAAUCGUCGCCUGUUGCGCCAAAUGAAGACGCGGAUCGCUCCUCUGGAACCAAUUCGUCCGCAACCGUGAUGGGUGUACCUCCAAAUAAUGAUAACAGAAGCUUGGCGACACCUGGUCUUGGAAUUGAAUCUGUGGAUGCUAAGGAUCUCCCAACCCCGGUUGCUGACACACCCUGCGAAAGCACCUCCAGUCACCCAAGAACAUCUCAAUUUGCGGAUUCUCCAAUUACUCCAAGCUCGGUUGCGAUUGGGGCCUGUGGUCAUUCACAGAACCAUCAACGUUCUGAUGAUAUCGAGAUCAUUGAAGUCGAGGGUUGGCCGAUACCAAAUGAAAAACCUACAAUAUUUCCAGAGAAACGCCCAUCCACUUCACCCGACUACAUAUACUCAAUGACACCUAGAACCCCAAUCCCGGACGUCCCCAUCCCCAGCUUCCCAUCUCCAAAUCAUUCCAAUAUCUCAUUCGAGGUCCCGCGCUUAACAACAGCUUCUUCAACGAUGACAGAUCGAGACCGCCACACAUUCCAUUCCGGGUACAGCAUGGAUCACGGUGCAUCCGAUUAUAACUAUCGCCCUGACUCCACCGAAGAUGUCCCCUCCCUAACCAGCAGCGCUUCCACCACAACAGGAACCAUGUCCAGGUUUUCCUCGAGCUUCUACAACAGAGGUCCCGGCGAUCGUGCCUCGUCUUUCUCUGCGGCGACACCACGACGCACCAGCCGCUCGAAUGCACCCAAACGGUCCAGCCUGGUUAGCCUUUCGAAGCUAGUUACGGGGAGCACCGGUGAGAAAUCGAAACUUAGUUAUGAAGAGAAAGCACCGCGCGACGACGUUGAGAAAAGUAAGAAGAAGGGACAUCGGAUUAGUCGGUUGAUGCACUUUUGGAAAGCAAAGGAGAAGCAAAGAGAAACCGAUUGAUUCUACCACCGUUACCAAUACCUGCGCAUUCACCCAUUCACUUGUGUUCAAAGCCCUUACCAUGAGCACCACUAGAGGAAUGAAGAACUUAAAUCCUGGCAGUUGAAGAGCGAUCUAUUUGAUUUACGCAUGGGAAAGCCCUACAUAGUAUUUGUCACUAUCCCUUUUCUCGUCUUCCUUCCUUCUAUCCUGACUUCAUUUCGACUUCAGCCUUUUUACUGAUUUCUUUUCUCUUUCUAUUAUUCAUUCUUAGCUCCGUCUUCUUUUCCUAAUUUCAUCUUAAUUUCCAUUUUACAUUCCUCUUACUGCAGUUUGUCUUUCGAUUCCCCUUGCAUCAUGUCUCUUUUUGCUUGACAUUUCUGUUUCGUUCUUUUUCUGUUUCGGCUGGCGGCGCAAACAUCAGGCAACAACGAUAUCAUGGAUGGGAUCUAUUGACUUUAUGGAGGCUUUCUUUGCUUUUCUUUAUUUUAUUUCUAUGUCUUAAAGAUCCUUUCCUUUUGUCAACGUCUAUACUUUUUCAUUUUCUCACAGGAGAAAAACAGUUCAUCUGCAAUCGACAAACUCAUCACUCUUUCUUUUGUUACGUUCCAGACACUCAUUUGUUCGGCUGUAUAGGUCUGCUUCUGCCGGCUUAAUUCCUUUUCCCUUUACCCUCUACGUUCGCUCAUCGCAACUACGAAGAAAGAAGAAAGAAAAAAACAAAACUAGAACAAUAAAAUAUAAAGUAGCUAGAGAGAAAGAAAAACAAUAAUGUUUCUUUUGACAUCUUAGUC